CGGCGUCCACUUCGUGCGCUCCGCCGCCGGGACAGGACCGGACCCUGCGUGCCAGGGAGCAGCCACCGCCGCCAGGAAUCCGGGAGCGGGCUCGGGGCUGGGCAGUACCGGGACCCUGCCGGGCAUGGCUGUACCGGGGAGCUGAGAGCCACUGACCCGCAGGCUGGGAAGUUGAUACCGAAGGUCAGCAAGUGAAGAGAGGAAUUCCUGGGGCGGUUCCAGCCAGGACCAAAGUCCCAACAAGAUGGAGAAGGAAGAGGAGGAAACCCGAGAGAUCCUGCUCCCCAACUGGAAAGGAAGCGGCUCUCACGGAAUCACCAUUGACCAGACGGAAGAUGGGGUCUUCGUGAAGCAGGUGGUGCAGACUUCCCCUGCUGCCAGAACUGUGAAGGAAGGGGAUCAGAUUGUGAGUGCCACCAUCUAUUUCGACAACCUGCAGUCCGGAGAGGUCACGCAGCUGCUGAACAGCAUGGGCCAUCACACGGUGGGGCUGCGGCUGCAGCGAAAGGGGGACAAGUCUCCAUUGCCGGGACAGUCAUGGUCACACGAUGUGUUCUCACCCAGGAGCCCAGAAGUUGUUCUGAGUGGGGAUGAUGAAGAGUACAGGAGAAUAUACACAACGAAAAUUAAACCACGUCUGAAGUCGGAAGAUGCAGCAGAAGCUGAACAUACAGAAAGCCGAACCAUUACCGUCACCAAAAAGGUCACAGCUUAUACCGUAGAUGUCACUGGACACGAAGGAGCAAGAGAGAUUGACAUCAGCAGCCCAGAAUUUAAAGUUAAGAUUCCAAGCCAUCAAGUCACCCAUAUAACAACAACAGAAAUUGAAAAAGAACCUGGGAAAACCGUGAUCAAAAUACCACAGGUGGAUUUGUCUGGGAAAACAGACUUCAGUAUGGGCAUCAGAGGUAGACCUAGUGGCAUCUCAUAUUCUGGACCAACAGUUGAAUCAUCCACCAAAAGGUUGGACUUUGGUGCCCCUGACGUGCACAUGAGAGAGCCCAAGGUGGGCACUGAGAUAAAUGUCUCAGGACCUCAAGUCACAGGCAUUCACCCGAGAACCCAGACAGACUUUAAGCCAGCAGAAAUUCAAGUUCCAGGUGUGGACGUUGUCAAAUCGGUUAAUGUUUCUGGCACUAGAGUCACAAGCCCAGAGGGCAGCUUGCCCAGAAUCGAUGCAAAUGGACAGAGGGGAAACCUGGAUGCAAAUAUUCACAUUACCGGCCCUAAACUAAAUGGAAAAAUGGGUGUUUCAGGCAUAGAGGUUAAAACUGAAGUUCCAGGAGGCAAACAGCCGCAAUUUGAUAUUUCAGGCUCCAAGAUAAGAAGCGGUAUGGAAGGUCCCAAAGUUGAUGUAUCAUUUUCAAAAAUCAAGGGUCCUUCAGUUGAUAUUUCUGGCCCUAAGAUUCAAGGUGAUAUCAAAGCUCCAAGGGUGGACAUUCCUCUUUCGAGCAUUGAAUCUGAUAUGCAGGACAUUAAAGCUCCAGAAAUUAACAUUGAAAGCCCAGGAAAAAUAAAAAUGCCUGUAAUGAAGAUGCCUAAAUUUGGCUUCUCACCUUCAGCUUCUGAUACUGAUGUUCGAGCACCACAGGCAGGUGUAGACAUUUCUGUGCCAAAGAUACAGGCUCCUCACCUGGAUAUCACAGCUCCAUCUGUUCAUAUGGAAGGUCCAAAGGAAAAACUGAAAUUUACAGUGCCUUCAGUGGAAGGUGCUAAAGUUGCAAAGCCACAUGUGGAUGUGGCUCUCAAAGGACCUCAGUUGAAGGGAGUGGUGGAAGUGUCCUCUCCAACACUAGAAGGUCCCAAAGUUGGUGUCAAGGGUCCCAAGAUUGAUCUUGUGGCUCCUGAUGUUGAUAUUCAAAGUGGUGAAGGAAAAAUAAAAUUGCCCUCAAUGAAAUUUCCUAAAUUUACUGCAUCAGGUUUCAAAGGGGAAGGCCCUGGUGUGGGUGUGACGCUUCCUAAGGGGGAGAUUGCUAUUGCAGGCCCCAAGGUAGACACCAGCACACCAGAUAUAGACACUGGAGGAGAAUGGAAAGUCCCCAAAUUUAGGAAGCCUGAACUAAUUAGUCAGACACCAAAAAUCUCUAUGUCAGAUGUGGACCUGAGUCUGAAAGGCCCUAGCCUGAAGGGAGAUGUGGGUAUUUCAGGGCCAAGGAUCGAAGGGGAUCUGAAAGGAUCCACUGUGGACAUUAAAGGCCCCAAACUAGACAUUGAAGCACCUGGCAUUGACCUUGAGAGUCCUGAAGGUCAGUUGAAAGGGCCCAAGUUCUCAAUGCCUUCUUGGAAAAUGUCACCAUCAAAAGUAUCCAUGCCAGAUGUGGAUGUGAAUCUGAAAGGGCCUAAACUGAAGGGAGACAUGGAUGUUUCUGUCCCACAAAUAGGAGGUGACUUGAAGGGACCUCAGAUUGACAUAAAAGGCCCCAAGCUAGAUAUAGAUGCUCCUGACAUUGACAUCAAAGGGCCAGAAGGACACCUGAAAGGUCCCAAAUUUAAGAUGCCUGAAAUGCACAUCAAGACCCCUAAAAUCUCCAUGCCAGACAUCGACUUGAAUCUGAAGGGUCCUAGGCUGAAGGGAGAUGUGGAUGUUUCAGUGCCAAAGCUGGAAGGGGAGUUGAAAGCUCCUGGAAUUGACAUUAAAGGCCCCAAAGUGGACAUUGAUGCACCAGAUGUGGAUAUUCACGGCCCAGAUGGUAAACUGAAAAUGCCUAAACUGAAAAUGCCAAAAUUCAGCAUGCCUGGGCUGAAAGGGGAGGGACCAGAUGUGGAUGUAACACUUCCGAAGGGGGAGGUGGAUAUUUCCGGUCCGAAGGUACAAAUUGGUGCUCCAGGUUUGGACGUUGAAGGACCCAAGGGAGAACUAAAAGGUCCCAAAUUUAAGAUGCCUGAAAUGCACAUCAAGACACCAAAAAUCUCCAUGCCAGAUGUCGACAUGAAUCUAAAAGCCCCCAAGCUGAAGGGAGAUGUUGGUAUUUCAGGGCCAAAGAUCGAAGGGGAUCUCAAAGGACCCACUGUGGACAUUAAAGGCCCCAAACUAGACAUUGAAGCUCCUGGCAUUGACCUUGAAAAUCCUGAAGGUCAGUUGAAAGGGCCCAAGUUCUCAAUGCCUUCUUGGAAAAUGUCACCAUCAAAAGUAUCCAUGCCAGAUGUGGAUGUGAAUCUGAAAGGGCCUAAACUGAAGGGAGACAUGGAUGUUUCUGUCCCACAAAUAGGAGGUGACUUGAAGGGACCUCAGAUUGACAUAAAAGGCCCCAAGCUAGAUAUAGAUGCUCCUGACAUUGACAUCAAAGGGCCAGAAGGACACCUGAAAGGUCCCAAAUUUAAGAUGCCUGAAAUGCACAUCAAGACCCCUAAAAUCUCCAUGCCAGAUAUCGACUUAAAUCUGAAGGGUCCUAAGCUGAAAGGAGAUGUGGAUGUGUCAGUGCCAAAGCUGGAAGGGGAGUUGAAAGCUCCUGGAAUUGACAUUAAAGGCCCCAAAGUGGAUAUUGAUGCACCAGAUGUGGAUAUUCACGGCCCAGAUGGUAAACUGAAAAUGUCUAAACUGAAAAUGCCAAAAUUCAGCGUGCCUGGGCUGAAAGGGGAGGGACCAGACGUGGAUGUAACACUUCCAAAGGGGGAGGUGGAUAUUUCCGGUCCGAAGGUACAAAUUGAUGCUCCAGGUUUGGACGUUGAAGGACCCAAGGGAGAACUAAAAGGUCCCAAAUUUAAGAUGCCUGAAAUGCACAUCAAGACACCAAAAAUCUCCAUGCCAGAAAUCGACUUGAAUCUGAAGGGUCCUAAACUGAAGGGAGAUGUGGAUGUUUCUGUUCCAAAUAUACAAGGUGAUUUGAAAGGUCCAGAAUUUGAUCUUAAAGGCCCCAAAGUUGAUAUUGACGCACCAGAUGUGGAUCUUCAUGGCCCAGAAGGUAAAUUCAAAAUGCCUAAAUUCAAAAUGCCCAAGUUUGGAAUGCCUGGGUUCAAAGGGGAGGGACCAGACGUGGAUGUAAGCCUUCCGAAAGGGGAGAUUGAUCUCUCAGGUCCCAAAGUAGACAUUGAUGCUCCAGAUUUGGAUUUUGAAGGGCCAGAAGGAAAACUGAAAGGUCCCAAAUUUAAGAUGCCUGAAAUGCACAUCAAGGCACCCAAAAUCUCCAUGCCAGAUGUUGAUUUACACUUGAAAGGCCCUAAACUGAAGGGAGAUGUGGAUGUUGCUGUUCCGAAGAUACAAGGUGAUUUGAAAGGUCCUGAAUUUGAUCUUAAAGGCCCCAAAGUUGACCUUGAUGCACCAGAUGUGGAUAUUCACGGCCCAGAGGGUAAACUCAAAAUGCCUAAACUGAAAAUGCCUAAAUUUGGUGUACCUGGGUUGAAAGGGGAGGGACCAGAUGUCGAUAUAGCACUUCCAAAGGGAGAGGUGGAUAUUUCUGGUCCCAAGAUAGACAUAGAUGCUCCAGGUUUGAACAUUGAAGGGCCUGAAGGACAGCUGAAAGGUCCCAAAUUUAAGAUGCCUGAAAUGCACAUCAAGACACCAAAAAUCUCCAUGCCAGACAUCGACUUGAAUCUGAAAGGCCCUAAGCUGAAGGGAGAUGUGGAUGUUUCUGUUCCAAAGCUGGAAGGGGAAUUGAAAGCUCCUGGAAUUGACAUUAAAGGCCCCAAAGUGGAUAUUGAUGCACCAAAUGUGGAUAUUCACGGCCCAGACGGUAAACUGAAAAUGCCUAAACUGAAAAUGCCUAAAUUUGGUGUACCUGGGCUGAAAGGGGAGGGACCAGACAUGGAUAUAACAUUUCUAAAAGGCGAUGUGGGUAUUUCCGGUCCCAAAGUGGACACUGAUAUACCAAGUUUAGACAUUGAAGGGCCAGAAGGUAAAGUGAAAGGUCCAAAGUUUAAACUGCCUGAGCUAAAUAUUCAGACACCCAAAGUCUCCAUGCCAGAUGUGGACCUAGGUUUGAAGGCACCUAAACUGAAAGGAGAUGUGGAUAUCUCUGUUCCAAAGAUGGAAGGUGAUUUGAAAGGACCCAGCAUUGACGUUAAGGGGCCCCAAAUUGAUAUUGAAGGUCCCCAAAUGGAUAUUGAUGUGCCUGAUAUGGACUUGGAAUGUCCAGAAGGCCAACUGAAAGGCCCCAAAUUUAGGAUGCCUAAAAUGAAUAUCAAGGCCCCUAAAAUCUCCAUGCCAGAUGUUGAUCUGAAUCUAAAGGCACCUAAACUGAAAGGAGAGAUGGAUGUUUCUGUUCCAAAGAUGGGAGGUGAUUUUAAGGGACCCAGCAUUGACAUUAAAAGUCCCAAAGUUGACACUGAUGUUGACCUUGAAUGUCCAGAAGCCAAAUUGAAAAUGCCAAAAAUGAAAUUUCCAAAGUUCGGCAUGCCUGGGUUCAAAGGAGAGGGCCCUGACAUGGAUGUGAAACUCCCUAAGGGACAGGUGGAUAUUUGUGGUCCCAAAGUGGAUAUUGAUGCUCCAGGUUUGGACAUUGAGGGACCGGAAGGAAAAAUAAAAGGUCCCAAAUUUAAGAUGCCUGAAAUGCACAUCAAGACCCCUAAAAUCUCCAUGCCAGACAUUGACCUAAAUUUGAAAGGUCCCAAACUAAAAGGAGACGUGGAUGUUUCUAUUCCAAAGCUAGAAGGUGAUUUGAAAGGUCCUGAUGUUGACAUCAAUGCCCCCUCAAUAGAUAUUAAUGCACCAGAUAUUGAGCUGCAGGGUUCAGGUGGAAAACUGAAAAUGCCCAAAAUGAAGAUGCCUCAAUUUAAUGUGUCAGGCCCUAAACUUGAAGGACCUGAUAUAGAUGUAAACGUGCCAAAGGGAGAGGUUGAUAUUUCAGCUCCCAAGGUAGAUAUAGAGGCUCCAGAGCUGGACAUUGAAGGCCCAGAAGGCAAAUGGAAAGGACCUAAAUUUAAAAUGCCUAAACUGAAUAUUAAAGCACCUAAAAUCUCCAUGCCGGAUGUGGACCUGAAUCUCAAGGCACCGAAAAUGAAGGGGGAGAUGGAUGUUACUGUUCCAAAGAUAGAAGGUGAUUUGACAGGACCUGAAAUUGAUAUUAAAGGGCCAAAAUUAAACAUUGAGGCACCUGAUGUGGAUCUUGAGUGUCCUGAAGGAAAACUGAAAGGGCCCAAAUUCUCAAUGCCUUCUUGGAAAAUGUCACCAUCAAAAAUAUCCAUGCCAGAUGUGGAUUUAAAUUUGAAAGGGCCCAAACUGAAGGGAGACUUGGAUGUUUCUGUUCCAAAGCUAGAAGGUGACUUGAAGGGACCUGAGAUUGACAUGAAAGGCCCCAAACUGGACAUUGAUGCACCUGACAUAGGCAUUGACGGGCCAGAAGGAAAAAUGAAAGGUCCCAAAUUUAAAAUGCCUGAAAUGCACAUCAAGGCCCCAAAAAUCUCUGUUCCUGAUGUAGACCUGAAUUUAAAAGCCCCUAAAAUAAAAGGGGAAGUUGAUAUCUCAGCUCCUAAACUUGAAGGAAAUUUGAAAGGUCCUGAUUUUGAUUUCAAAGGCCCCAAGGUUGAUAUUGAUGCACCAGAUGUGGAUAUUCAUGGCCCAGAUAGUAAAUUCAGAAUGCCCAAAUUCAAAAUGCCCAAAUUCAGCAUGCCUGGGUUCAAAGGAGAGGGACCAGAGGUGGAUGUGAAGCUUCCAAAAGGGGAGAUGGAUAUUUCCGGUCCCAAGAUAGACAUUGAUGCUCCAGAGUUGGAUAUUGAAGGUCCUGAAGGAAGGCUGAAAGGUCCUAAAUUUAAGAUGCCUGAAAUGCACAUUAAAGCGCCUAAAAUCUCCAUGCCAGACAUUGAUUUGAAUGUGAAAGGCCCUAAAUUGAAGGGGGAUGUGGAUGUUUCUGUUCCAAAGCUAGAAGGUGACUUGGAGGGGCCUGAAUUUCAUCUCCAAGGCCCCAAAGUUGACAUUGAUGCACCAGAUGUGGAUAUUCACGGCCCAGAGGGUAAACUCAAAAUGCCUAAAUUCAAAAUGCCCAAAUUUGGCAUACCUGGUUUCAAAGGGGAAGGCCCUGAUGUGGAUGUAAAACUUCCGAAGGGGGAUGUGGAUAUUUCUGGGCCCAAGGUAGACCUAGAUGCCCCAGAUUUGAACAUUGAAGGUCCAGAGGGAAAGCUGAAAGGUCCCAAAUUUAAGAUGCCUGAAAUGCAUGUCAAGACACCUAAAAUCUCCAUGCCAGAUUUUGAUUUGAAUCUGAAAGGACCUAAAAUGAGGGGGGAUGUGGAUGUUUCUGUACCAAAGAUAGAAGGGGAUUUUAAAGGGCCCGAGUUUGAUAUCAAAGGUCCCAAAGUUGACAUUGAUACUCCAGAUCUUGAUAUUGAAGGUCCUGAAGGAAAAUGGAAGAGCCCCAAAUUUAAGAUGCCUGAAAUGCACAUCAAGGCACCUAAAAUCUCCAUGCCUGACGUCGACUUUAAUUUGAAAGGCCCUAAAGUGAAAGGGGAUGUGGAUGUUUCUGUACCAAAGCUAGAAGGGGAUUUGAAAGGGCCUGAGGUUGAUAUCAGAGGCCCUAAACUGGAUGUUGAUGUUCCUGAGGUUGACCUGCAGGGACCAGAGGGAAGAUGGAAAGGUCCCAAAUUUAAGAUGCCUGAGAUGCACAUCAAGGCACCUAAAAUCUCCAUGCCAGACAUUGACUUGAACCUGAAAGGCCCUAAAGUGAAGGGAGAUGUGGAUGUUGCUGUUCCAAAGAUUGAGGGUGAUUUGAAAGGUCCUGAAUUUGAUCUUAAAGGCCCCAAAGUUGACAUUGAGGCACCAGACAUGGAUCUUCAUGGCCCAGAAGGUAAAUUUAAAAUGCCUAAAUUCAAAAUGCCCAAAUUCAGCAUGCCUGGGUUCAAAGGGGAAGGACCAGACGUGGAUGUAAGCCUUCCGAAAGGGGAGAUUGAUCUCUCAGGUCCAAAAGUAGACAUUGAUGCUCCAGAUUUGGAUAUUGAAGGACCAGAAGGAAAACUGAAAGGUCCCAAAUUUAAGAUGCCUGAGAUGCACAUCAAGGCACCUAAAAUCUCCAUGCCAGAUGUUGAUUUACACUUGAAAAGCCCUAAAGUGAAGGGAGAUGUGGAUGUUGCUGUUCCAAAGAUUGAGGGUGAUUUGAAAGGUCCUGAGUUUGAUAUAAAAGGCCCCAAAGUUGACAUUGCUGCACCAGAUGUGGAUCUUCAUGGCCCAGAAGGUAAAUUUAAAAUGCCUAAAUUCAAAAUGCCCAAAUUCAGCAUGCCUGGGUUCAAAGGAGAGGGACCAGAGGUGGAUGUGAAGCUUCCAAAAGGGGAGCUGGAUAUUUCUGGUCCCAAGAUAGACAUUGAUGCUCCGGAGUUGGAUAUUGAAGGUCCUGAAGGAAGGCUGAAAGGACCCAAAUUUAAAAUGCCUGAAAUGCAAAUCAAAGCACCAAAAAUCUCCAUGCCGGACAUUGACUUAAACUUAAAAGGUCCCAAAAUGAAAGGAGAUGUUGAUGUUUCUCUUCCAAAACUAGAAGGUGACUUGAAGGGUCCUGAAUUUCAUCUCCAAGGCCCCAAAGUUGACAUUGAUGCACCAGAUGUGGAUAUUCAUGGCCCAGAGGGUAAACUCAAAAUGCCUAAAUUCAAAAUGCCCAAGUUUGGAAUGCCUGGAUUCAAAGGGGAGGGACCAGAUGUGGAUGUAAGCCUUCCGAAAGGGGAGAUUGAUCUCUCAGGUCCAAAAGUAGACAUUGAUGCUCCUGAUUUGGAAAUUGAAGGUCCAGAUGGGAAAUGGAAAGGUCCCAAAUUUAAGAUGCCUGAAAUGCACAUCAAGGCACCUAAAAUUUCCAUGCCAGAUGUUGAUUUACACUUGAAAAGCCCUAAAGUGAAGGGAGAUGUGGAUGUGUCAGUUCCAAAGAUUGAGGGUGAUUUGAAGGGGCCUGAGUUUGAUAUCAAAGGCCCCAAAGUUGAUAUUGAUGCACCAGACAUGGAUCUUCAUGGCCCAGAAGGUAAACUCAAAAUGCCUAAAUUCAAAAUGCCCAAAUUUGGCAUGCCUGGGUUCAAAGGAGAGGGCCCUGAUGUGGAUAUAAAACUUCCUAAGGGAGAGGUGGAUAUUUCUGGGCCCAAGGUAGACAUAGAUGCUCCAGAUUUGAACAUUGAAGGUCCAGAGGGAAAGCUGAAAGGUCCCAAAUUUAAGAUGCCUGAAAUGCACGUCAAGGCACCUAAAAUCUCCAUGCCAGAUUUUGAUUUGAACCUGAAAGGACCUAAAGUGAAGGGGGAUGUGGAUGUUUCUGUUCCAAAACUAGAAGGGGAUUUGAAAGGCCCUGAGGUUGAUAUCAAAGGCCCUAAAUUGGAUAUAGAUGCCCCUGAUGUGGAGAUUGAAGGUCCAGAUGGGAAAUGGAAAGGCCCCAAAUUUAAGAUGCCUGACAUGCACUUUAAAGCACCUAAAAUCUCCAUGCCAGAUUUUGAUUUGAACCUGAAAGGACCUAAAGUGAAGGGUGAUGUGGAUGUUUCUGUACCAAAGCUAGAAGGGGAUUUGAAAGGGCCUGAGGUUGAUAUCAAAGGUCCCAAAGUGGACAUAGAUGCCCCUGAUGUGGAGAUUGAAGGUCCAGAUGGGAAAUGGAAAGGCCCCAAAUUUAAGAUGCCUGACAUGCACUUUAAAGCACCUAAAAUCUCCAUGCCAGACAUUGACUUUAAUUUGAAAGGCCCUAAAGUGAAGGGGGAUGUGGAUGUUUCUGUUCCAAAACUAGAAGGGGAUUUGAAAGGCCCUGAGGUUGAUAUUAAAGGCCCUAAAUUGGAUAUAGAUGCCCCUGAUGUGGAGAUUGAAGGCCCUGAUGGGAAAUGGAAAGGUCCUAAAUUUAAAAUGCCUGAAAUGCACAUCCAGGCACCUAAAAUCUCCAUGCCAGAUUUUGAUUUGAACCUGAAAGGACCUAAAGUGAAGGGGGAUGUGGAUGUUUCUGUACCAAAGCUAGAAGGGGAUUUGAAAGGGCCCGAGUUUGAUAUCAAAGGUCCCAAAGUGGACAUUGAUGCUCCAGAUCUUGAUAUUGAAGGUCCUGAAGGAAAAUGGAAAGGCCCCAAAUUUAAGAUGCCUGACAUGCAUUUUAAAGCACCUAAAAUCUCCAUGCCAGACAUUGAUUUGAAUUUGAAAGGCCCUAAAGUGAAGGGAGAUGUGGAUGUUGCUGUUCCAGAGAUUGAGGGUGAUUUGAAAGGUCCAGAAUUUGAUCUUAAAGGCCCCAAAGUUGACAUUGACGCACCAGAUGUGGAUCUUCAUGGCCCAGAAGGUAAAUUCAAAAUGCCUAAGUUCAAAAUGCCCAAGUUUGGAAUGCCUGGGUUCAAAGGGGAGGGACCAGACGUGGAUGUAAGCCUUCCGAAAGGGGAGAUCGAUAUCUCGGGUCCAAAAGUAGAUAUUGAUGCUCCUGAUUUGGAAAUUGAGGGGCCAGAAGGAAAAUGGAAAGGUCCUAAAUUUAAGAAGCCUGAAAUGCAUUUUAACGUUCCUAAAAUAUCCAUGCCAGAUAUCGAUUUAAAUUUGAAAGGUCCUAAACUGAAGGGAGAUGUGGAUGUUUCUCUUCCCAAAGUAGGGGGUGAUUUGAAAGGUCCCAAAGUUGAAGUCAAAGGACCAGAUAUUGAUCUUGAGGCUCCAAAACUUGAUAUAGAAGGAAAGACAAAAAAAUCGAGAUUUAAACUUCCUAAAUUCAGUUUUUCUGGCCCUAAAGUUCAAACCCCUGAUGUGGAUGUGAAACUUAAGAAAUCUGAUACUGAUAUUUCUGGACCAAAGGUGGAUGUGAGUGCUCCAGAUGUGGACAUUCAGGGGAAAGCAAAAGGAUCUAAAUUUAAAAUGCCUUUCCUAAGCAUUUCAUCACCUAAAGUGUCAAUGCCAGAUGUGGAGUUAAAUCUGAAAGGGCCUAAACUGAAAGGAGACCUAGAUGUUUCUGGCCCAAAGCUAGAAGGGGAUUUAAAAGGGCCUGAAGGUGACAUCAAAAGCCCCCAAAUAGACAUCAGUGCACCAGACAUUGAUAUUCAUGGCCCAGAGGGUAAACUCAAAAUGCCAAAAUUGAAAAUGCCUAAAUUUGGAACGCCUGGGUUCAAAGGAGAGGGACGAGAUAUGGAUGUAAAACUUCCAAAAGGGGAGGUGGAUGUUUCAGGCCCCAAGAUAGACAUUGAUGCUCCAGAUUUGGAAAUUGAAGCUCCUGAUGGAAAACUGAAAGGCCCUAAAUUUAAGAUGCCUGAAAUGCAUUUCAAUGUUCCUAAAAUCUCCAUGCCAGACAUUGAUUUGAAUUUGAAAGGCCCUAAAUUGAAGGGAGAUGUGGAUGUUUCUGUACCAAAACUAGAAGGGGAUUUGAAAGGCCCUGAAGUUGAUACCAAAGGCCCUAAAGUGGAUAUAGAUGUCCCUGAUGUGGAGAUUGAAGGCCCAGACGGCAAGUGGAAAGGUCCCAAAUUUAAGAUGCCUGAUAUGCAUUUUAAAGCACCUAAAAUCUCCAUGCCAGAUUUUGAUUUGAAUCUGAAAGGACCUAAAGUGAAGGGGGAUGUAGAUGUUUCUGUACCAAAGCUAGAAGGGGAUUUGAAAGGGCCUGAGUUUGAUAUCAAAGGUCCCAAAGUGGACAUUGAUGCUCCAGAUCUUGAUAUUGAAGGUCCUGAAGGAAAAUGGAAAGCCCCCAAAUUUAAGAUGCCUGAAAUGAAUAUCAAGGCACCGAAAGUCUCAAUGCCUGACAUUGAUUUUAACCUCAAAGGCCCUAAACUUAAAGGAGACAUAGAUGUUUCUGGCCCUAAGAUGGAAGGAGAUUUGAAGGGCCCUGAAAUUGAUAUCAGAAGUCCCAAAGUGGAGAUUGGUGCACCAGACGUGGAUAUUCAAGGCCCAGAGGGUAAACUCAAAAUGCCUAAAUUCAAAAUGCCCAAAUUCGGAAUGCCUGGGUUCAAAGGAGAGGGACCAGAUGUGGAUGUAAGUCUUCCAAAGGGGGAAAUCGAUAUUUCAGGACCUAAAUUAGACAUUGAUGCUCCUGAUGUGGAGAUUGAAGGACCAGAAGGAAAAUGGAAAGGUCCAAAAUUUAAGAUGCCUGAAAUGAAUAUCAAGGCCCCUAAAAUCUCCAUGCCAGACAUUGAUUUGAAUUUGAAAGGCCCUAAAUUGAAGGGGGAUGUGGAUGUUUGUGUUCCAAAAUUAGAAGGUGAUUUGAAAGGUCCUGAAGUCGAUAUCAAAGGCCCUAAACUGGACAUAGAUGCCCCCGAUGUGGAGAUUGAAGGCCCAGAGGGAAAAUGGAAAGGUCCCAAAUUUAAAAUGCCCGACAUGCAUUUUAAAGCACCUAAAAUCUCCAUGCCAGACUUUGAUUUGAACCUGAGAGGCCCUAAAGUGAAGGGGGAUGUGGAUGUUUCCGUACCAGAUUUUGAAGGUGAUAUGAAAGGCCCAGAAGUUGAUAUUAAAGGCCCCAAAUUGGACAUAGAUGCUCCAGAUUUUGACAUUGAGGGUCCAGAGGGAAAGCUGAAAGGUCCUAAAUUUAAGAUGCCUGAGAUGCAUUUCAAUGUUCCUAAAAUCUCCAUGCCAGACAUUGAUUUGAAUUUGAAAGGUCCUAAAUUGAAGGGGGAUGUGGAUGUUUCUGCCCCAAAAUUAGAAGGGGAUUUGAAAGGCCCAGAAAUCGAUAUCAAAGGCCCUAAACUGGACAUAGACACCCCUGAUGUGGAGAUUGAAGGUCCAGAUGGGAAAUGGAAAGGCCCCAAAUUCAAGAUGCCUGACAUGCAUUUUAAAGCACCUAAAAUCUCCAUGCCAGACUUUGAUUUGAAUUUGAAGGGUCCUAAAAUCAAGGGAGAUGUGGAUGUUUCUGGCCCUAAACUGGAAGGGGAUUUGAAAGGUCCUGAGUUUGAUAUCAAAGGCCCCAAAGUUGACACUGAUGCACCAGAUGUGGAUAUUCACGGCCCAGAGGGUAAACUCAAAAUGCCCAAAUUCAAAAUGCCCAAGUUUGGAAUGCCUGGGUUCAAAGGGGAGGGACUAGACAUGGAUGUAAGCCUUCCAAAAGGGGAGAUUGAUCUCUCAGGUCCAAAAGUAGGCAUUGAUGCUCCUGAUUUGGAUAUUGAAGGUCCAGAGGGAAAGCUGAAAGGUCCCAAAUUUAAGAUGCCUGAAAUGCAUUUCAAUGUUCCUAAAAUCUCCAUGCCAGACAUUGAUUUGAAUUUGAAAGGCCCUAAACUGAAGGGGGAUGUGGAUGUUUCUGUACCAAAAUUAGAAGGGGAUUUGAAAGGCCCAGAAGUUGAUAUCAAAGGCCCCAAACUGGACAUAGACGCCCCUGAUGUGGAGAUUGAAGGUCCAGAUGGGAAAUGGAAAGGCCCCAAAUUUAAGAUGCCUGACAUGCAUUUUAAAGCACCUAAAAUCUCCAUGCCAGACUUUGAUCUGAAUUUAAAAGGGCCCAAAUUGAAGGGAGAUGUGGAUGUUUCUAUGCCAAAUAUUGAAGGUGAUUUGAGAGGCCCUGAAGUCGAUAUUAAAGCUCCCAAAUUGGACAUAGAUGCUCCUGAUAUGGAGAUUGAGGGCCCAGAAGGAAAAUGGAAAGGUCCCAAAUUUAAGAUGCCCGACAUGCAUAUUAAGGCACCUAAAAUGUCAAUGCCUGAUGUGGAUUUCAAUCUUAAGGGCCCUAAGCUUAAAGGAGAUCUAGAUAUUUCUGGACCUAAGUUGGAAGGGGAUUUGAAAGGUCCUGAAUUUGAUAUCAAAGGUCCCAAAGUGGACAUUGAUGCACCAGACAUCGAUAUUCAUGGCCCAGAAGGAAAACUGAAAAUGCCCAAAAUGAAAUUUCCUAAAUUCAGCAUGCCUGGGUUCAAAGGGGAAGGGUCGGAUGUGAAUGUAAAUCUUCCAGAAGGAGGGGUUGAUAUUUCGGGUCCUAAGAUAGACAUUGAUGCCCCCAAUUUGGAUAUUGAAGGGCCUGAAGGGAAAUGGAAAGGUCCAAAAUUUAAGAUGCCUGAAAUGAAUAUCAAGGCACCUAAAAUCUCCAUGCCAGACAUUGAUUUAAACUUAAAAGGCCCUAAAAUUAAAGGAGACAUGGAUGUUUCUGUCCCUAAGAUAGAAGGUGAUUUAAAAGGUCCAGAGAUAGACAUUAAAUCCCCAAAAAUGUCUGUUGAUGUUCCUGAUCUUGACAUUGAUGGUCCAGAAGGAAAACUGAAAGGUCCUAAAUUUAAGAUGCCAGAAAUGCAUAUUAAAGCACCCAAAAUCUCCAUGCCAGAUUUUGACUUGAAUUUAAAGGGGCCUAAACUGAAGGGAGACAUGGAUGUUUCUGUUCCAAAAUUAGAAGGGAAUUUGAAAGGUCCUGAAAUUGACAUUAAAGGCCCCAAAUUGGACAUAGAUGCACCUGAUAUCAACAUUGAAGGGCCAGAAGGAAAACUGAAAAGUCCCAAAUUUAAGAUGCCUGAAAUGCACAUCAAGGCCCCUAAAAUCUCCAUGCCAGAUGUAGACCUGAAUCUAAAGACACCUAAACUGAAAGGAGACAUAGAUCUUUCUGGUCCAAAAAUAGAGGGUGAUUUGAAAGGUCCUGAAUUUGAUAUCAAAGCUCCCAAAGUGGACAUUGAUGCACCAGACAUCGAUAUUCAUGGCCCUGAAGGAAAACUGAAAUUACCCAAAAUGAAGCUGCCUAAAUUCAGUACACCUGGGUUCAAAGGGGAAGGCCCAGAUGUGGAUGUAAGUCUUCCAAAGGGAGAGGUUGAUAUUUCAGGUCCUAAGAUAGAUAUUGGUGCUCCUGAUUUGAACAUUGAAGGUCCAGAAGGAAAACUGAAAGGGCCAAAAUUUAAGAUGCCUGAGAUGCAUUUUAAGACACCCAAAAUCUCAAUGCCAGACAUUGACUUAAAUUUGAAAGGUCAUAAAAUGAAGGGGGACUUUGAUGUUUCUGCUCCCAAGAUUGAGGGUAAUCUUAAAGGUCCUGAAGUUGAUAUCAAAGGCCCAGAAUUUGGGGUUAGAAGUCCUGAGCUUGAUGUUGAGUGUCCAGAUGUUACCACUGAGGGCCUUGAGGGAAAUGUUAAACUUCCCAAAUUUAAGAAACCAAAAUUUGGGUUUGGAAUUAAAAGUCCUAAGGCAGAAAUCAAAUCUCCCGAAGUGGAUAUUGCUGUCCCGGAAGGUGAACUGAAUGUGGAGUCUCCUGAUAUUGGCAUUUCUGGCAAAGGAAAAAAAAGCAAAUUUAAAAUGCCUAAACUUCAUAUGAGUGGCCCUAAAAUUAAAGGAAAGAAGGGUGGAUUUGAUAUGAGUCUACCCAGUGGUGAGAUUGAUGCAAAUUUGAAAUCUCCUGAUUUAGAUCUCAAUGUAACUGGCCCAGAGGCAACAAUAAAAGGAGAUAUUAAUGUCAAAUCCCCAAAAGGAAAGAAACCAAUGUUUGGGAAAAUCUCUUUUCCAGAUGUUGAGUUUGAUAUUAAAUCACCUAAGUUCAAAGCUGAUGCUUCUGUGACAGUUCCUAAAAUGGAAGGAGAAUUUAAAGCACCCGAUUUGGAGGUUUCCACACCAGGUAUCAAAGGUGAUAUGAAGUCAUCAGGUCUUGACAUUACAGCCCCCAGUAUCAGCGCAAAUCUUCCUGAUGUUAACAUUGGAGGUCCUGAUAUCAAUCUUAAGAAACCUAAGGUCAAACUUCCAAGUGGAAAUAUUGAUAUAGCUGGUCCAAAAAUGGAAGGUGAUCUGAGAAUCCCAGGUACUGACACAAACAUUAAUGCCCCUGACAUCAAACUUAAAGGACCUACUGUGAAUCUGCCUUCAGUGGACAUUUCUGCUCCUUCAUUCUCUGCAUCUGAUCUUGAUAUUAACUUGAAAGGACCAAAAGUAAAAGGUGAUGUCAGUCUUCCCACAGCAGACCUGGAAGGUCCAGAAGGAAAACUAAAAUUCCCCAAGUUCUCACUGCCCAAGAUAGGGAAACCAGGUCUGAAUUUAGAAGGAGCUGAUAUGCAGCUCCCCUCAGCAAGCGUGGAUGUAUCAGCUCCAAGAAUUGAAGGAGGUGUGAGUGUUCCUGCAACUGAAGGAGUAGAUGCAAAACUGAAGGGACCUAAGGUGACUAUGCCAUCAGUAAACCUUUCAAUGCCCCAAGUCUCUGGACCUGAUUUUGAUGUAAACUUGAAAGGACCAAAACUAAAAGGAGACCUGGAUGUUUCUAGUGACCUUAAAGGUCCAAAGGUGGACAUACAUGCACCAGAUGUUGAUAUGAAAGGCUUUGGAGGAAAGUUUAAAAUGCCCAAGUUUAAAUCUCCAACUUUGGAGGGACCUCAAGCAGAUCUGAACAUGAAAGGGGACAUUGGAUUUUCUGCCCCACAAAUUGAGGGGGGCAUGAAAGCACCAGGUAUGGAUGUACAUCCUAGUGCCCCAGACCUUGAUAUCAAAGGGCCUACAGUGAAAAUGCCAUCGGUAGGUAUUUCUGCCCCAGAUUUUGAUGUAAAUUUGAAAGGACCAAAGUUAAAAGGAGAUUUUGAUCUUUCUGGUGGCAUUAAAUCCCCAAAAGUGGCUGUAGAUGCGCCAGAUGUUAACUUGGAAGGUCCAGGAGGUGCAAUUAAACUUCCUUCACUGAAGCUCCCCCAAUUUGGCAUUUCUAGUCCUCAUGUUGAGGGGUCUAACAUGGGUGUGAGUAUUGAAGGACCACAAAUUAAAGGAGACCUUACUGGCUCAGGGAUUGAUGGAGAAUUGAAAGGGCCUACAUUUAAAAUGCAACCACUUCAAGUUUCAGCUCCAAAAAUCUCUGCACCUGACAUUGACUUAAACUUAAAAGGACCAAACCUAAAGGGUGAUAUUAAUAGUGCUGGUGAUGUUAAAGGCCCAAAAGUUGGAGUGGAAGUACCAGAUAUCAGCAUCAAAAGUGGAAAUCUUCAAAUGCCUUCAGUUAAACUGCCCAAAUGUGACAUUUCAGGGUCCCAAGGCAUGAAGAUUUCUGGGGUGGGUAUUGCAGCUGAUGCUCCUGAUGUCAGUUUAACAGGUCCUGCCUUCAGUGUAUCAACACCAAAAGUUUCUGGGUCAGAUUUUGAUGUAAAUUUGAAAGAACCUAAAAUCAAAGGAGGUUUCGGCAUUUCUGGAGACAUGAAAGCUCCUGAUGUAAAUGUUGGGGCACCACACUUGGGCAUUCAGCAUUCAGGUGGUGAAUUCAAAGGGCCACAGCUUUCAUCUUCUGGUUUUGAUGUAGAAAUGAAUGUGCCAGAUGUUGCAGGGGGUCUUCAUGUUUCUGGACCAAAGAUAGAGGGUGGUCUGAAAGGUCCCAAGGUAGGAAUCAAAGGUCCUGGCAUAGAUAUGAAUUUUCCACAAAGUAACUUAGAAAGUGCAUCAGGAAAAGUGACAUUCCCCAGGAUGAAAUUGCCUAAAUUUGUGUCUUCAGGGCAUGAGGUAACAGGAAGAGAAGUAGGGGUUGAUGUUAACUUCCCUCAGCCAGAUGCCAGUCUCCAGGCUGGUGCAGUGGAGGCUGAGUUUGAAGAGCCAGAUGUCAAACUUAAGAAAUCUAAAAUUAAGAUGCCAAAGUUUAAUUUUUCAAAACCUAAAGGCAAAGGCACCAGUGUUGGCUCACCAGAAGCCUCAGUGUCCAUUUCAGGAUCUAAAGGAGAUUUAAAAAGUUCCAAGGCAAGUUUAGGUUCUAUGGAGGGUGAACUGGGGGGAGGGGAAGCUGCUGCCACUUCACCUAAAGGGAAGUUUUCGUUAUUUAAAAGCAAAAAGCCACGUCAUCGGUCAUCUUCCUUUAGCGAUGAACAUUCCUCCCAGUCAACCCCCACUGGCACCUUGGAGUUUGAGUGCAGCUCAGGAGCAGAGAAAGAAAAGCAGGCCAAGAUGAAAUUUGGAACGUUUGGAGGGAUAGGGUCAAAAACUAAAGGUUCUUAUGAGGUAACUGGAAGUGACGAUGAAGCAGGAAAGAUGCCAGGGAGUGGGGUCUCAUUAACGUCCAAGAAAUCCCGCCUGUCUUCCUCUUCGAGUAAUGACAGCGGGACAAAGGGAGGGUUCCGAGUGCCAGCAGUAGAACUGACCGUUGCCAAAAAGAAAGAGUAAAGCGUCCGUGUAUAUAUGUCUGUGUAUGUAUAUAUAUAUAUCUUCUGUGUGUUUGUAUAUAAAUUUCAUAGCUUGAAAUAUUUUCAACCUCAGCAAUAAAAUGAAUGGUGCCUAGUGAAAUGUUAGAUGUCAUGUUGCCUACUCAAAAAAGAGGAGAGUUUAAAAGCAAGUGACCCUGGAGCUGUACCACAGUUCAUCUGAUGUAUUUGAAAGUUUCUUUGUGUUCAUGAUCUUUGGUUUGCGCGUUAAAUGCUGAGAGCUUAAGUUUACUAGCAAGCUAUUUUGAUAUCCUUUUCAUUUUACUGGAUAUUCUCAGUGUUGGUUUAUGGAAAUAAUGUUUCCAUUUUAAUUACCUUUUGGCUUUUAUUUGCAGGGCUUACAUUUCUAUAAUGAGAAUGGAUAUAUUGAAAACACUGUAAAAUAUAUAGAUACAACUGAAAUAUGUCACUUUCCCUUGUAAUGUGGGGUUUAAAAUGACACGGAGUGUUUAUCACAGAAAGCUGUGGUUUAUAUUAGCUUUGAUAGUUGUGGUGGUAAGAAAAGUACCCCCAGUUUAAUUUAAGACUAGAGAAUCCAGGUUGCUUAUGAUAAAUGUCAUGAAGAAAAACAGAAUUUACCAAUAAACGACUAACCUGUUUUGGGUUGGAUUCGACUGACACCAUCUUAGUUGUCUCCGUAUAUUUGUUUCAUUAUUUGUAUUAUAAGAGAGGACUUUUCUUAGUUAUGGUGCAAAAAUCUGUGACUGCCACUUUUCUGAUAUUUGUUAUAGUUUCUGUUAACAAAUGUAUCUUGAUUUAAAAAAAAAUCUUUCAGCACUUUAAUGGCAAAUGAAUUGAGAAUGUAAGAAGAUUGAUCUUGUAAAAUGCAAAUAAACUGUUUAUUAACCUUG